CUCUGCAGCCAAGACAGCAACAGAGCUGGGAAAUAGUGGUCUCUGGAACGGUUUGUGACGGUAGGACCACACCAAGGGGGAGGAGGAAGGGGAACAUUAGCUGAAUCAGCAUCUCUUGUGAGUCAGAAGAAAAAUUAUUCCUGCCCCCCUGCCAGCACUUUGUGCAGAUCCAAAAUACCGUUCCCAGAAGAGUCCCUACGUAUGUUAGCAGGAAGACAACUGUCUGCACACUUUGCAGCAAGAACAGCGUGGCAACUGAUGCAGCACAGUGCUGUGAGCCUGGGGUAAUGAAUCUCCUGAAGGGAAAGCUGUGGAGUGCAGUGCUGACGGGCUUAAUCUGCUGACUGCCAGAGAUCAGAGAUCUUCUUUCUGACUCCAGGGACGCCUGCCUGCAAGAUCCAUGACUCAAAGCAAGCAAAUGACUAGCUGUAGUGUCAGGGUUAUGUAUUACAGCAUCCCCUUUUGUGGGGACGGCAGGAUGGAAAAACUACAGUUCCCAGCACCCUUUUGUGCAUGUCCCUGAAACUACAGUUCCCAGAACCUUUUCAUGAGCUGGGGAGGGUGUACAUGGAAGUAAUUGCUGAGGAAUUUUGCAUCACACCCCAUACUUUCAGUGCGGCCAGCCCUCGGGUAAAAACCGAAACAGAGGAAAAGCCAGGGAGCACUGAGACUGUGGAUUUGCCCACACCUAAUAACUGCAACACAGGGCAUCCUUCUCCUCCUGGUGUCUCACUGGGCAGACGCAGGGAGGAUCCUUGCCCCUAAGGGAAACACGGCUGCUGCGGAAGGAGAGCAGACAAACUACAGAUCCCAGCAUUCCCUAGCAGGCAGCACCUGCGGCAGUCCCUGCAUGCCAGGGGGAAUGAGGAUGUGGAUGGAGGGCGGGGAAGAGAUGAAGGGUGCUGUGGGGCUGCGCUGCACCUGGGACCCACCCCCCGUUGAUGCCCAGGCCAAGUGGGUGAGGCUCAAUGUGGGGGGCACCAUCUUCCUUACCACCAGGCAGACCCUGUGCCGGGAGCAGAAAUCCUUCCUGUGUCGCUUGUGCCAGGGCGAGGAGCUGCAGUCGGACCGGGAUGAAACGGGUGCAUACCUAAUAGACCGGGACCCUACUUACUUUGGACCCAUCCUGAAUUUCCUCCGUCAUGGGAAGCUGGUCCUGGAUAAAGAUAUGGCUGAAGAGGGGGUCCUGGAAGAAGCAGAGUUCUAUAACAUUGGUCCCUUAAUCCGAAUAAUUAAGGGUCGACUGGAGGAGAAGGACUACACAGUGAUGCAGGUGCCUCCUAAACAUGUCUACCGCGUGCUGCAGUGCCAGGAAGAGGAGCUCACUCAAAUGGUUUCCACUAUGUCUGAUGGAUGGCGCUUUGAGCAGCUUGUGAACAUUGGCUCGUGCUACAACUAUGGGAAUGAGGAUCAGACAGAGUUCCUGUGUGUGGUCUCCAAGGAACUGUACAACUCUUCCAGUGGUCUGAGCUCUGAGUCCAGCCACAAAGCCAAGGUGAGACCAACUUCACUAUGGCCUUCCUCCUAUUGCUUAUGAAACAAUUUGCUCUUGUCACCCCCUCUUCCUUUCUUCUCUCCGCUGUGACUGUGGAGCACUCAGUAGUGAAAUAGAUGGUGAUAUACAGGGGCUUUAUGACAUUACACCACGACAUUACACCAAUGGCCCAAAAAAAGGAAUGUGUAUGUUCAAGUAGUGAUGC